CGUCACAUCCUGUGUAGCAGUCAUAAAGAAAGGUCUGGCGGGCUUCCGCGGCUUUAAUUUUUCGUUUGUUGAACGUAUCCGACUAACAUCGGAUCCAUCGGAACCGCAAACAUGACGGUUGGCAAGAGCAGCAAGAUGCUGCAGCAUCUGGAUUUCAGGAUGAGGUGCAUCCUGCAGGACGGACGGGUUUUCAUUGGAACCUUCAAAGCUUUUGACAAACACAUGAACCUGAUCUUGUGCGACUGUGAUGAGUUCAGGAAGAUCAAGCCUAAGAAUUCGAAGCAGCCUGAGCGGGAGGAGAAGAGAGUCCUGGGUCUGGUCCUCUUGAGAGGAGAGUACCUGGUGUCCAUGACAGUGGAGGGGCCCCCACCUAAAGAUACUGGAAUUGCACGGGUCCCACUUGCCGGUGUGGCUGGAGGACCAGGUGUUGGUCGGGCAGCAGGACGAGGGGUACCCACUGGAGCCCCCAUGCCACAGGCACCCGCUGGCCUUGCAGGGCCUGUUAGAGGGGUUGGUGGUCCCUCACAGCAGGUGAUGACCCCACAAGGCAGAGGGACGGUUGCUGCAGCUGCUGCUGGUGCCAGCAUUGCAGGGCCUCCGACGCAAUACCCACCAGGACGUGGAGCCCCGCCCCCAAUGGGAAGGGGAGCCCCACCCCCUGGCAUGAUGGGUCCGCCACCAGGAAUGCGUCCCCCUUUGGGUCCACCCAUGGGAAUGCCACCAGGCAGAGGAGCUCCCAUGGGUAUGCCACCCCCAGGCAUGCGGCCACCACCUCCCGGACCUCCUCCCCCGGGGUUGAGACCGCCGCCGCGUCCUUGAAACUCCACCCUUCAGUGACCAGCUGCUGUAUUUUAUUUUUUAACGUUCUUUUUGUAAUAAAGUGUCCUCGGACUUUUCAGUUCAACUGUGUA